UGUGCGAUCGCGCCCCUCCCCCGCACAGGUAUCCGCGAUGGCACUGGCAAUGCUUCCUGGCUGGUGCAGGUGGAUGGGCGUGGAUGAGCAGCGCUCGCUGCUCAUCCUGGGCAUUCCCCACGACUGUGAGGACCAGGAAUUCCAGGAGGCCGCGCAGGCUGCCCUCCAGCCCCUGGGAAGAUAACGAGUGCUGGACAAGGUGUUCAAAAAGGAGUUCAGAUCCAAGGUCGCCUUGGUGGAGAUGGCUCAGUAUUUAAACCGAAGUGUGAUCCCCCGACAAAUACCAGGCAUGGGAGGACCCUGGACUGUGGUCUUUCUGCCCCAGGCCCCGGAAUCAGAGUCAGAGGAUACACUCAAUUUCCUUGCACAGACCCAGAGGCAAGCAGGGGUUGCUCUGGCAGGCGAGGCAGGAGCUGGGGAUGGGGCAGGAGCUGGAGGCAAGGAAGGGGCUGGAGGCGGGGCAGGAGGUAGAGGCCAGGAAGGAGCUGGAGGCGGGGUAGCAGCUGGAGGCGGGGCAGCGUCUGGAGGCGGGGCUGCAGCUGGUGGUGAGGAAGGAGGCAAGGCAGAAGCUGGAGGCCAGGCAGGAGGUGAGGCAGGAGCUGGAGGUGAGGAAGGAACUGGAGGGGAGGCAGCGGAUGGGGGCGGAGGCGGGGCAGGAGCUGGAGGCGGGGUAGUGGCUGGAGGUGAGGCAGGAGCUGGAGGUGAGGAAGGAACUGGAGGCGAGGCAGUGGCUGGAGGUGAGGCAGGAGCUGGAGGUGAGGAAGGAACUGGAGGGGAGGCAGCGGCUGGAGGCGGGGCAGGAGCUGGAGGCGGGGUAGUGGCUGGAGGUGAGGCAGGAGCUGGAGGUGAGGAAGGAACUGGAGGCGAGGCAGUGGCUGGAGGUGAGGCAGGAGCUGGAGGUGAGGAAGGAACUGGAGGGGAGGCAGCGGCUGGAGGCGAGGCAGGAGCUGGAGGCGGGGUAGUGGCUGGAGGUGAGGCAGGAGCUGGAGGUGAGGAAGGAACUGGAGGCAAGUCAGCGGCUGGAGGUGAGGCAGGAGCUGGAGGUGAGGCGGGACCUCCAGGUGAGGAAGGAGCUGUGGGUGUGGCAGGAGCCAUAGUUGCGGGAAGAUCCUGGACCCAGCCUUGGAGCCCGGCCUGGCAGCCUGUGCUGGAAAACAGGGCCUCUAUGGAACUGAGAACCUUUCCUGGAAUGGAAGAGCCACACCGAGCAGAAGAGUCCUUUGAGAGCUGGCUGGAUCACGCCAGCGACAUGCUGUACCUGUGGUGCCACAUCACAGAAAGGGAGAGGAGGAGGAGGCUGAUGGAGAGCUUGGGUGGCCCCGCACUGGAUCUGGUGUGCGGCCUCCUGGCAGAAAACCCUGACGUCCCUGCGCAGGAUUGCCUGGCCGCGCUGGUCCAGGUGUUUGGGAGGAAGGACACCCCCACGACCGCACGGCUGAAGUUCCUGACCUGUGGCCAGCGGCCCCAGGAGACUCUCUUUGUCUAUGUGAUUCGCCUGGAAGGCCUGCUGCAGUCGGCCGUGGAGAAGGGGGCCAUCCAUCCCAGCCUUGCGGACCAGUUACGCACCCGGCAGGUGCUGACGCGGGCCCGCCCCAACGAGAUGCUCGAGAACAAGCUGAGGAGGAUGCGGCUGGACAGGAGACCACCUGGCUUCCUGGGGAUGCUGCGGCUCAUUCAGGAGACCGAGGCAUGGGAGGCCACCGCAGCUAGGAGUGAGCACUUGCAAGUGGAAGAGGGGGCCCGUGUGGGCACCGGAGGCCUGGCCGCUGCCCGGGCCAGUGGAGAGGUUGCCGAAGCCUCCCCAGCCAGGGAAGAUGCUUCCCAGGCUGCCCUGGCCAACCUGGGGGCCAGUGAGGCAGUUCCUGGCAGUGCCGAAGCUGAUACGGCUGCUCCUGAAGCCCAUGAUGCCGCCAGGGCAGCCCUCGUCCCUGAGGAGGCCCCCAAGAUCUUCCCUGCCACGCAGGAAGAUGAAAAUGCUCCCGCCUCUGCGGGCCUAGAUCAGGCAAAGCCCUCAGAGGCCCCUGGGGGCCUCACCCCUGCCCAGAUGGGCAGCGCUUCCAGGCAAGGCCCGGGAGGUCCUGGCUGUGAGCCGGAGGGCCUCGCCCAGGCAGGAGACCAGGAGGCUGGGGAGCCCCUGGAGGAGGGGCCCAAGCCCAUCCCAGAGGAGUCGGGAAACGAGGAUGGGGCUGGGGAGGUGAGGCCCCCCAAGUCCUCCUCGGGCAAAUAGGCUCAGAAGGCCCAGGGGCCCCCUCUCCUCUCAGGCAGCAGUGCUCUGGAGGCAGGGGGAGGCCACGCCAGGGCAGCAGCCUCUCCCCACAUGGAGGCAACAACCCACCCAGCCCAAAUUCCCAGGACCCCAUCUUCCCAAGGCACCACCAUGCCUUGGUGACCCCAUGGCCACCACCAUCAGCCCUUCCAACGGACCAGGAUGACCAUACUUGAUGCAGAGUGGGGCAGGGAGAGGUGCCCCCUCCCAUGGCAGCUCCACCCCAGCCCCAGCCCCAGCCCCAGCCCGAAACCCUGCCAGUCCAGGCAGCCAGCCUGGGAAGCACCCCUGAGUGGCUGGCCCUAGCCUAGGUGAGGGGCACCUGAAAAUGUCUGCCACCCACACUGGCCUGGGAGAUAUUAGGGGCCGUCUCAAGG